AUGGUGAUUUCGAGCUUCAAAUCGGGAGAUGGCAGGGAGAGUGAAGUCGUGGUAAGCUGGAGCAAAUUGGCUAGCAUGAACGUGGCACGGUACAACUUUGCUUGUGCCGAGUUAAAUGGCAUGGUUUAUGCAGUUGGACUGUUGGAGGAUACUGCCCGGAUGGCUCUCUCUCUUGCGCUGAGCCGUGCUUGGGAAGGAGCUCUUUUGCAUGGAGUGGAAGAAUCAACGGAAGCUAGCAAUAUUCAACCUUGUGGACAAUCUAUGGAAGAUGGUGCCGAGGAGUAUCCGGGUUAUAACACCCUGUUGUCUGAUCCGAAUGCGGCUCCGGGGUCUCAAUGGCAGACUUCUGAGAUAAAACCAUCGGGUACCCCGGCUUCUGAAAGCAGUUCUCAUUUAACUUCAAAGAUUAAUGAUCGUUAUUAUGGUCCCAUCUUGCCUGGAUUGCCUGAUGAUGUGGCAAAAUACUGUCUUGCUCUUGUUCCUCGAUCUAAUUUUCCGGCCAUGGGCGCCGUCAGCAAGCGAUGGAGGUCAUUUAUCAAAAGCAAAGAGUUUAUCACCAUCAGGAAAUUAGCCGGGGUGCUCGAGGAAUGGUUAUAUGUCCUGAGUAUGGAUUCUAAAGGAAAAGAAAGCCACAGGGAGGUUUUAGAUUGCUUGGGACGUAUACACCACCAACUUUCACCAAUGCCGAGUCCUGCUAAAUCCGGUUAUGCUGUGGUGGUUCUUCAUGGAAAGCUUCUUAUAAUUGUUGGCUAUUCUGUGGUUGAUGGAACUGGGACUGCCAUGUCGGAUGUUUACCAAUAUGAUUCUUGCCUCAACAGCUGCUCCAUAAACUGGGUGUUUAUCACCUUUUGCACCCUGGUUCCUGCAUCAGAAGUUGAUUGUUGCGUGGAGUAUCAUGGGACCGUUGAUUACAAAUCAAGUUUUCUCUCGUUCUUACCCCAGUUGAAUAAUUCUACGUUCUGCCGCUCUGGAUUGCCGCUCCGGGUGUACAUGUACGACUUGCCGCGGCGGUUCAAUGUGGGGAUGAUUGAUGGUUCGGUCUCAGAUGAGAUUCCGGUGAGGUCGGAGAAUUUUCCGGCGUGGAGGGAGAAUAAUGGGCUUCGGAAGCAGCAUAGCGUCGAGUAUUGGAUGAUGGCAUCGCUUUUGUACAAUGGGGAUGGGGAAGGUGAUUCCGAGUUGAGUCGAGAGGUGGUUCGGGUUACGGAUCCGAAGCUUGCUGACGUGUUCUUCGUGCCUUUCUUUGCUUCUCUCAGCUUCAAUGUACAUGGUCGCAAUAUGACAGACCCGGAUACUGAGAUUGACGUCAAAUUGCAGCAUGAAAUUGUUGAGAUACUAAGAGGAUCCGAACACUGGCAGAGGUCAGCUGGACGGGACCAUGUAAUUCCUAUACAUCAUCCUAAUGCUUUCAGAAUUCAUCGUGAUAAAGUGAAUGCUUCCAUAUUUAUUGUUGCUGAUUUUGGUCGCAUAAUGGGUAUUUCUCGACUUGCAAAAGAUGUUGUCGCUCCAUAUGUACACAUGGUAGAAUCAUAUGUCAGUGAUAACAAUGAGGAUCCAUAUGAGUCUCGUAAAACUCUUCUCUUCUUCCGUGGGAGGACUGUGAGGAAAGAGGAGGGACUUGUUCGUGCUAAACUGAAAAGAAUAUUAGGAAAAAAAGAAGAUGUCAUAUAUGAAGAAGGCAGUGCAUCAGAAGAAGGAUUUAGAACUUCGACUGAAGGAAUGCGUUCAUCGAAGUUCUGUUUAAAUCCUGCGGGAGACACUCCCUCAUCUUGCCGCCUGUUUGAUGCUAUUGUGAGCCACUGCGUUCCUGUCAUAGUGAGCGAUAGAAUCGAGCUGCCUUACGAAAGUGAAAUAGACUAUAAGGAGUUCUCAAUCUUCUUCUCGGUUAAAGAGGCAUUAAAACCAGACUAUAUGCUUGAUCAGUUGAAAGGAAUCCCGAAAGAGAAAUGGAUGAAAAUGUGGUCGAGACUUCGGAGCAUUUCUCAUCACUUUGAAUAUCAGAACCCUGCGAAGAAGGAAGAUGCAGUCAAUAUGAUUUGGCGACAGGUUCGGGAGAAACUUCCUGCUGUAAACCUUGCUGUGCAUAGGAGCAGGAGGCUUAAAGUGCCAGAUUGGUGGAGGAGAUAA